AUGGACACCAAAGCACAGGGCCUCCCUGUCACCCACUCUCAGCCCCACAGCAACUCUCGGCCCCAAAGCCACACCUGCAGCCAGUGCGACUGCAGCCACCACUGCCAGAACUGUAGCCAGAGUUUCGCCACUGGCCGCUGCAGCCAGAGGUCAAGCCCCAACGUGCCAAAGCAUCACAGUCACACCACGCACUCCCACUCCGGUCCCGCACGGCCCAUCACCCACUCCUGCAGCUACUCCAAGAAGAGGAAGAACCUGAAAAGACAGGGGAGCAAGAGGAAGGCGGUGAAGAGGAGCCAGCGGGUUGGCAAAACACAGAGGUGGCACUCAGGGCGGAAACACAACUGA